AUGUCGACUGAAAAUCCCAAAAUCCUUCCUAGUUCAGCAGGAGCCGACAAGUCAGCGGCGGUGCCUCAGCGUGGACCAAUUCGUACCACGAAGUCCGAGGCAGGUUCAGGGAAUCUCGGCACCUUCGGUGUUAAGAGUGGCCUCGCCCAAAUGCUAAAGGGUGGUGUUAUCAUGGACGUGGUGAAUGCUGAGCAGGCGCGCAUCGCCGAAGAAGCUGGCGCAUGUGCUGUUAUGGCUUUGGAACGCGUGCCUGCUGAUAUUCGUGCUGAUGGUGGUGUCGCGCGUAUGUCUGACCCUGCUAUGAUCCAGGAGAUCAUUGAUGCCGUAACUAUUCCGGUUAUGGCCAAAUGCCGUAUUGGUCACUUUGUCGAGGCUCAGAUCCUGCAGGCUAUUAAUGUUGACUACAUCGAUGAGAGUGAAGUUCUUACUCCUGCAGAUGAGGAAAACCACAUUAACAAGCACAACUUUAAAGUGCCAUUUGUGUGCGGGUGCCGUAAUCUUGGCGAGGCUCUGCGUCGUAUCAGCGAAGGUGCCGCCAUGAUCCGUACCAAGGGUGAAGCUGGUACGGGUAAUGUUGUCGAGGCAGUUCGUCACCAACGUACUGUGCAGGCUGAGAUCCGUCGUGUUUCAAACAUGAGUGAUGACGAGCUGUACACUUACGCACGUAAUAUUCAAGCACCGUUCCACUUGCUUAAAGAGACGGCUCGCUUGAAGCGUCUUCCUGUGGUUAAUUUUGCAGCUGGUGGUGUUGCUACUCCUGCUGAUGCUGCUCUGAUGAUGCAACUUGGCAGUGACGGUGUAUUUGUUGGUUCUGGUAUCUUCAAGGGUGCAAACCAAGCUGAGCGUGCCAAGGCUAUUGUGCAAGCUGUUGCCCACUACAAUGACCCCGCUAAGCUCGCAGAAGUCUCAACCAAUCUCGGUGAAGCUAUGGUUGGUAUCACUAUCUCAGACGAGAUGAAGGGCGGUAAGCUCGCCUCGCGUGGUUGGUGA